GCAGAGCCGGGCGGGGGCGGGCGAGGGGCUCGGCGCUGCCGGCGCCCGCGGCACAAAGGCCGGGGGGGGCUGCGCCCGCGCGGGCCAAUGCGCGGGGCCCCAGGCUCCUCCUCCUCCUCCUCCUCCUCCUCCUCCUCCUCCUCCGCCGCCGCCGCCGCGCCGGGGAUGCCGCCGCCGCCGGUCGCGCACCGGGGAGCCGCGCCGGGACCCGCCGCCGCCGCCGGGGGAAGCAGCCGGGGACCGAAGGCCUGCAGCUCCCGGGCCCAGGGAGACCUUUGCUAUGAUUGCAGCACCGCACGGCUCUACCCGCUCCCCGGCGACCCCCCUGCGCAGUAAGGCCGGGGCCUCCCCUCUCCGCUGCCUGCCCCCAGCCCGGCAGCAGCAUGGGGAGCGUCAGUAGCCUCAUCUCCGGCCACAGCUUCCACAGCAAGCACUGCCGAGCCUCCCAGUACAAACUCCGCAAGUCGUCCCACCUGAAAAAGCUGAACAGGUACUCGGACGGGCUGCUUCGCUUCGGCUUCUCGCAGGACUCCAGCCACAAGUCCGGCUCCAAAAGCAGCAAGAAUGAGGACUUCUUUUACAUCAAGGUCAGCCAGAAAACGCACGGCUCCCACCGGGCAGACUACACAUCGCUCUCCGGCGGGGAGCUGGGCAGCCAAGCCGGGACGAGCAGCAUGGACUUCGGGGCACCCACACCUCAGAAACUGAUGCCCUUUUCCAAUCAGCUGGAACUGGGCGCAGAGAAGACUGCUGCAAGACCGACAGCCUUCAAACCAGUGCUGCCCCGCUCCGGCGCCAUCCUCCACUCCUCCCCAGAGAACGGCGGUCACGUCUCCCAGCAGCUGCACCCCCUGGACAAAGCCAAGGAGCAGGAGCUCAAGCCGGUGCUGUGCUCCGGCGGGCUCUCCGACUCCGGCAGGAACUCCAUGUCCAGCCUCCCCACCCACAGCACCAGCAGCAGCUACCAGCUCGACCCGCUCACCCCCAUGGGACCCAUCAGCCGCUUCGGGGGCUCAGCCCACAACAUCACCCAGUGUGCCGUCAUCCAAGACAGUAACAUGAUGAGCCUCAAGGCAAUGUCCUUCUCUGACGGGGGCAACAAGAUCAUCAACCCCGGCAAAGCCCACCAUGCCUCUGAGAAGACCACUUGCAUCCGUUCACCCAUCUCCACAGAUGAGUCCACCAUCCAGGAGCUGGAGCAAAAGCUGCUAGAGAGGGAGGGAGAGCUGCAGGAGCUCCAGUCAAGCUUUGAGGAGAAGGAAGUCAGCUCCUGUCAGGUUUAUGAAGAGAAACAGAGGCGCUGCAAGGAAGAGCUGGAAGGCCUCAAGCAGAAAUGCAACAGCAAGCUCAAGCAAACCUCACAGAAAACCCAGCGGACACAGCAAGUCCUUCACCUCCAGGUGUUCCAGCUGCAGCAAGAGAAGAAACAGCUCCGGGAGGAGCUGGAGAACCUCAUGAAAGAGCAAAACCUGCUGGAGACCAAGCUGAGGUCCUAUGAGAAGGAGAAGACCAGCUUUGCCCCAGCACUGGAGGAGACUCAGUGGGAGGUGUGCCAGAAGUCCGGGGAAAUCUCCCUCUUGAAGCAGCAGCUGAAGGAAUCCCAGACUGAGCUCAACACCAAGACCACUGAGAUCCUCAGCCUGAAAGCUCAGCUGAAAGAGGUGAGGGCAAAGAUGGAAGGGCUGGAGAUGAAAACCCGAGACCUGGAGGACUCUCUGCGCACCAAAGCCAUGGAGCUGGAGGUGUGCGAAAACGAGCUCCAGCGUAAGAAGAAUGAGUCUGAACUGCUGAGAGAGAAGGUAAACCUGCUGGAGCAAGAGCUCAUGGACCUCCGAACAGAGCUCGCCAUCCUGAAGGAGCAGCUGAGUGAAGGCCGGGACAGGGCCAGGUCUGCCUCCAGCCCAGCCCUGGGGAUGGCGGACGACGCACAGGCGCUGCAGGGAGAAAUGGAGAGGCUGAAGGCAGAGCUGAAGGCUGAGCGGGACAACAAUGAGCAGAUGACCUCCAGCUUCCAGCACGAGCGGCAGACGUGGAAGGAAGAAAAGGAAAAGGUGAUUCAUUACCAGAAGCAGCUGCAACAGAGCUACCUGCACAUGUACAAAAGGAACCAGAACCUGGAGAAGAUGCUCCAGCAGCUUGCCUCAGGGGAAGAUGGCAAGGAGCCCAUUGAGUUGGAUAUACCCGGUGCUGAUGUCCCCUACGAAGACAUCAUCGCCACCGAGAUCUGACCCAGGCCUUCCCUCUCCUCCUUGCAGAUGGGUGUCUCUUCCAGGCAAGAAGUACUUCCCUGUGGCUCAGUACAUGCUAGGUGCACCUUGUACAGUUCAGAUGAGCCAUGUAUUUAUUAGCUGAGCUGUUUGCCUGGCCAGCUCACGAGCCCUUCUCCCUUCCCAGUGUUGCACCGUGACGGUGCCCUACGCUGCCUGUCGUGUUACAGAGGUGAACAAGCAAUUUGUGCCAAUGGUGACGUGCCUAGCAUCUGCCCCUCGUGUCCGAUGCACCCUUGGCAGGAUGCCUUCUGCUCAUUUGUAGGAUUGUUGAGCCAGAAAUAGGGGCAAAAAAGGAACGGGACUUCAGCAAAAAAAUUUCCUAUAGGGACAGAAGAUGAUGCAAAACUCUCAAGGGCAAACUCUCCCCACAGGGCAAAUGCCAGAGCAAUGAACGCUGGUUCAAAGGGAACCUGUGAGUAGCACAACUCUGGGAAUGGGGAUGCCACAGCCCUUCCCACCUUGUUCAAGAAGAAAUAACCAACACCACAUUUCCACCACUGGUCCCUGGCCCACAACCUGGAGAAAGCACGAAGCUGCUCUGACAUUUAUUUAUCUUUCUCCAGUUGAUUCUGAUUUCCAGAGAGCGGUGGUAGCCAAGGAGCCAGCCCAUAAGGAGCAAGGGGAUUUGUACCGUGCCAUUGGCAAGAAAUCCUGCUCUGCUUCUUCAUUCCUUCAGCUAUCCUGGAGUGCCUCAGGAAUGACCCGACAAGUACACACAUGCACACACACGCUAAUUCAAGACUAAGGAGGGGUAGCAACCUUAGAUUUGUAGGGUUGACUCUUGGCUUCCCUCCCGCCCAGUGCACGCCACUGGAAAGCACCAUCUUCUAAAAGGACUAGUGACUAUAAGAGCUCACCCCAAGGGCUCACUUUAAAAGAGGCCUGGCUUUCCGAAAGGUGCCUCUUGGGAAACAAACUCCUUUCAACUUCAUGAAGUUGAACAGCAAGAAUGUAAGCAGCCAGAAAUCAGCAGUUUGUUUGCUUUUAAGAAAAUCCCAAGUUAAUUGCUUUCCACCUUCUCCUUUCUCCUUAUCUUUUCAGAGUUGCAGCAACCGAAAAAUGUAGGAUCUUUCGCCUUUCAGUUAUCACAACAGUAACUCCUGCCUCGGGCUGAGCCAGCAUCUGGCAGCAAGCUCCUACUUUGUUACUGCAAAUACCCACGUUGUAACCGCCUUUCAUUAAUGAUCAUGGCCCACGUUGAAUCCAAGCAGGUUUCCUGUCCCUCAUCUACAGCUGCACCAGCACUUCCCUCCUGCAAGGCCAGGGACCUUCUCCUAAUUUGCACCGUAAAGCACAUCCACAGCGAGUCAUCGUUCCUGUCUCUGAAGGACAAGGACUUAACAUCCCUAUUCUCCAGCUGCUAAACUGGUAACUGGAUUUAAGGAUUAACAGAAAUUUCCAAACUGCAGCCAGCGCUGAAGAAUCAAGAGUGAAAUCAAUUUUAUUUACCCCAAGGGACUUGGCCCAAUGCACAGGCAGAAGGCAAUGACCCCACAUGCUCGCUCUCUUUCUCGCUGUGACUGACUCCCUCCCACUUUCUCUCCCAUCAAACUGACUGCCUUACUUCCUCCCAUGCCAUUAAGUCUGCGGCUUCCCGCCGCAGCCGUUGACAGGAGCUGGUAAGAGAAAAUGCUCUAAUUUUGUUUUCUACCCUCGCUCUUAAAAAAUUUCCUCCUGCCUUCAGCAAGCAAAUGAAAAGGCUCCGCCGCAGCAGCGGGCUCCAGGGGAGUCUGCGCUUGCCGAGGGGCCCUGGGAGCAGCCCCUUCCCGUCGCCUCGUGCUCGGCACAGCAGCCAGGAGGGAAACCGCCCGCUACGCACCUCCGGCAGCUGCCAAAUACCCCGCGAGUCGGCCGCUGACGUGCGACAACCGAUGUUGAGAGAGCUGAGCUGGGCAGGGUGGAGGUUUAUAGCCGGGACCACUUUGUGCCAGUGCAAUGGUAUUUUUACUGCAAUGUGUUUAUUUAUCCACUAGCAAGCUGGGCAAAAGCCCACAAAGCCCUCUCCCCCCAGGCUGCGGGGGAGCGUCACGCCCCUGCCCCUGCUCCCCCCAUGAAUUCGGCCAAGGGCUCAAAGCCAGGCUGCCCUCGCACCACCAGCCUCCCCCCCCCAGCCAGCAGACUCUCCGCAAAAAGAUUUCACAUCCCUCGCCCCACUCUAGCCUGACAAAUGCACAACUUAGAAACCAGUCUGUGCCUUCCGUACCUCCCCCCACGAGGAAUCUCGAGCCAUGUGCCACCCCGCAAGCGAGCCCCGUCCGGGCAUCCCGGGCUGGGCGCACCGCACAAGCCCAUCCUGAGCCAUCGUCUGCUGGAGGAAAGCAAACCUCCAACCUGGGUUUCAGCCCUGAGGCUCUAGGUCAGGGUUAGGUCAGGUCACUUUUCCUGCAAGCCACAGGGCAGGGGAGCAGUCCCAGCCUUUGCCCAAACCUGCUGAAAGGAUGGUUUAGGAGGACCAAACGAUCAGAGGCAAAAAGAGAACAGCAGACAGCUAUCCAGUGCCCAAAGGAGACGCUGCAUCCGACUCAGCUCUGGCUCGAGAGGCCAGAAGGGAUUUUCUGCAUCAUCCAAGCCAUAGACCUUCACCAAGCGGUUUUGUAUCCCCCUCCCCAUCCCGUGAUCGAGCCGAGUGCAGUUAUUGGAAGCUCUUAAGUGUCAAAUAAGUGAGAAGCACAGAAGGGAGCAGAGCUCUUCCCGACUGCCCCCUUUUUAAUAGCUCCUCACAAGGCAUUGGCCUUCCCAGGCUUCCCAGCCCUGUUCCUGCCUUGCCCCUGAAGCCAGUGGACUCCACUGCAUUGACUCUGAGGGCACCCGUCCAGUUUCCCUGUAGCACCAGCCCCGCAUCCUCACCAAGCGCUGUACAACGUGAUCGACUGGAGACGUUGACUUGCUGCCUUUGCACAACGCUGUGUUUGACCGUAUGCAUUGCAGAUGUGUCAUUCCUUGGUGUGAGUAACGGCUGUCCCACCCCGCUCCAGGAGAGGCCAGGGUUCAGCCUGUAUAUAUAAUUAUUUUUCUGCAGGUUUUUUGGAUGUUACUUCUGGUGACUGAUGUAAACUACUGGUAAUUUUAUGUUUUUAUUUAUAAAUAAAUUUUUUAAAACUUA